AGACAACAUGAUUCUUAGUGAAAGGGGGUGUUGUUGAACGUUUUCUUGACUGUUAUAGAUCACGUAAAAUGUUAUCCAGGAACUUUCUGAAGUAAUAUUAGGCUACGUGAGACAUUUAUUUGCUCUAACUUAUUUACGUUUUGAUAUUGAAGUAGAUGUUUGAUUGCUCUGGUCUAGGGGUGCAUCAGUUGCAGCCUUGAGAAUCGAAUUUUCUCUCCGCAAGUCCCUAGUCAUUAUCUCUACACUACAACAAAGUACUUAAACUGUACUGUAGCUUACAACAUUUCAUGCCAUACAAAGAAACAAUAGCUUCCAAAAUGGAUCGGGACAAAGCUAGCCCGUCCCCCUCCACCCUCCCGGAGUCCCCAGGUCGAUCGCCUCCCUGUACUUUACUGUUGGAUCUGGUCAUCUGCAGGAAAACACCAGGGCAGAGUGGAACUAGGAGAGGAGAAGGAGAAGAGGAACAUGGAGAUUUGAUUUCAUUAAGGGACAGCCCUGACCGUUGCUCUCUUAGUGGGAGGGGCUUAUCACCUGGGGAGCUUCAACAAUGUCAUGAUGCUGACAAGAAAGAGAAGAGUCUCUCCAGAUCAGAACACCUCAAGAAACACCAGCACAGACUUAUAGGGAAGAAACCUCACCACUGCUGUUCUGACUGUGGGAAGAGUUUUGCUAAACAGAAGGAAUUGAUCAUUCAUGAGCGGAUUCACACCGGUGAGAAACUCUACCACUGCUCUCAGUGUGGGAAGAGUUUAGCUGCAUCUAAAACCUUAAAUUCUCAUCGGAAAAUUCAUACAGGGGAGAUACCUUACCCCUGCUUUGAUUGUGGGAAAUACCUCAAUCAAUCAGGAGCCCAGACUAAACACAUACACACAGGAGAGAAGCCUUAUACCUGUGAUCAGUGUGGGAAGAGCUUUAAGAAAUCAGGACACCUGACUAUACACAAACGCAUACAUACGGGAGAGAAGCCUUACAGCUGUGAUCAGUGUGGAAAGAGCUUCAGUCGAUCAGGAGACCUGACUAGACACCAACGCAUACACACAGGAGAGAAGCCGUAUCGCUGUGAUCAGUGUGGGAAGAGCGUCAAUAAUUCAGGACAACUGACUACACACCAGCGCAUACACACAGGAGAGAAACGUUAUAGCUGUGAUCAUUGUGGGAAGAGCUUCAUUCGAUCAGGAGACCUGACUACACACAAACGCCUACACACAGGAGAGAAGCCUUACAGCUGUGAUCAGUGUGGGAAGAGCUUCAAUCAGUCAGGACACCUGACUUUACACCAACGCAUACACACAGGAGAGAAGCCUUAUAGCUGUGAUCAGUGUGGGAAGAGCUUUGCUCGAGAUUUCACCCUGACUACACACCAGCGAAUACACAAAGGAGAUAAGCCUUAUAGCUGUGAUCAGUGUGGGAAGAGCUUUGCUCGAGAUUCCACCCUGACUACACACCAACGCAUACACACAGGAGAGAAGCCUUAUAGCUGUGAUCAGUGUGGGAAAAGCUUCAAUCAUUCAGGAUCCCUGAUUACACACCAACGCAUACACACAGGAGAGAAGCCUUAUAGCUGUGAUCGGUGUGGGAAAAGCUUCAAUCAUUCAGGAUCCCUGACUGAACACCAACGCAUACACACAGGAGAGAAGCCUUAUAGCUGUGAUCGGUGUGGGAAGAGCUUCAAUCAUUCAGGAUCACUGACUACACACAAACGCAUACACACAGGAGAGAAGCCUUAUGGCUGUGAUGAGUGUGGGAAGAGCUUCAAUCAAUCAGGAGACCUGACUACACACCAACGCCUACACACAGGAGAGAAGCCAUAUAGCUGUGAUCAGUGUGGGAAGAGCUUCAUUCAGUCAGGACACCUGACCACACACCAACGCAUACACACAGGAGAGAAGCCUUAUAGCUGUGAUCAGUGUGGGAAGAACUUCAUUCAAUCAGUAGAGCUGACUAGACACCAGCGAAUACACACAUGAGAGAAAUCUUACUCCUGUCUAUGUGGAAAGUCCUUUGGUCAGUCAGGGUCACUGAAACAACACCAGGAAGCACAAAUGUGUUGUUUUUUAUCUCCCU